UUUUUAUCUUUAUGUUUUUAACUUAAUAUGUUAAUUUGUUAAAGUUUUUAAAUCAACUAAAACUAUGGGUAGGAAGAAAAUUCAAAUUUCAAGAAUCGGAGAUGAACGUAACAGACAGGUCACGUUCACCAAGCGUAAGUUUGGUUUAAUGAAGAAAGCUUAUGAGUUGUCGGUGUUGUGCGACUGUGAGAUCGCCCUCAUCAUAUUCAACAGCUCCAAUAAGUUGUUCCAAUACGCAAGCACAGAUAUGGACAAGGUUUUGCUCAAAUAUACAGAAUACAACGAACCACAUGAAAGUAGAACCAAUGCUGAUAUUAUUGAGAUGUUGAAUAAGAAGGACAACAAGAACUGUGACAGCCCAGAUGUCGACCACCAAGCUCAACUACCAACCCCUGGCACCUUGCAAAGAUACGAAACAAUCAACAAACAGUUUGACGACAUGAUUAACAGCAUGAGGCCCCCCCCACAGCAGGACUUUUCAUCAAUGCCCGUCACGGUCCCAGUCACAGGAAUUCACCCCCUACAUGGUUACCCCUCUCCCAUAGGAAUGCACCAGAUACAACAUGAACAAGUCAACGACCCCAACCUACUUUACCCUCAUCACCCACCCAACCGGCGCAGCCCCCUACCCAAGAGCCCCCUCGCACGUGGACACAGCCCCAGCCGGUCACCCUCAGGACAAAUGUACAGCCCAGAGGUUAGCAUGAUAUCUGAUACACCUUCACCUGGAGGCAAUGGGUACAGCGGGGGUAACCAGCCCCCGCCCCCCCAACAGCGGGGUCCAUCACCCCACAUGGAUAGGACUUCCCCCAUGCCCCACAAACCCAUGCAACAAAGUCCCACUUCACCCGCACGGGGUCAUCGACCGGGGUUGCAUGUGGUGAUUCCCCCAUCGAGGAAUAUGCCAGGGAUGGAUGGGGGUAACGAUCAACUGUCGACGCCGGUAGUUAGCCUCGCUACUCCGAAUAUCAUCCAACAAUAUCAACACGCACCACAAACAUCUUAUAACCCGGUCGACUACCAAGUAUUAGCGGGGGGUGAGGUCACGGGGUUCGCUUCCCCGGGGUCACUUCUGCAGAACUGGCCCCACCAAUCCCCAUUUCCCCAACCCCUAACCACCCCCCAACAUCUACUGCCACACCCAAGUUUGAUGACUCAGCAAGUCCCGAUGAUUCGAAUAAAGCGCGAACCAGAGACGGAAGCUUCGCCCGACAAAGAUCCGGAUCAACGACCGGCUGCUGGAAGGUCACCCAUGGAGGUGAUGUCACCUUACGAGAUGCGGAUGGACGAUCGUUCGAUGAUGGUGGAGAACGGUGGUAAUCUUCCCGUGAAACGACAACGAGUUGAAUCUGGUCCCAAUGCCUCGCCCACGUGGACUACAUGAUGACGUCAUAAAACGACGUCAAAAAUGACGUCAAAAAAUGACGUCACGAACGACGUCACAGCUCCAGUGAUUGUUCCAAAAUAGCUGCCAGUGGCCCCGAUGUUGCGUAGGGUGAUGGCAUAUUCUGUAUAUAGGGGAACCCCCACGCCAAGUUCCGCGCCAAACACCCAACACGACCACGAUGUAAAAUUUUAAUCCAACUUUUGAGAUUAUCGUUUUUUCUCUCGUUUUUAACCGAAAAAAAUAUUUUCUUUGUCGUUAUAGACAAUUUAUUCAUAUUGUUGAUCAUGAACUGAGUAUCGCAGCAUUAUAGAAAUGUUAUAUCAUUUUCAUGGAAACAGCAUUAACGAAUUUGUUUGCCUUCUUUUAAAACUCAUUGUGGUGAUGUUAUGACGUCACAAUAAUCAAAUAUUACGUAACAAUCACGGCUGCCUAUGACUAAGCAUUGUUUGAAUUAUCGGCCACGCGAUGCCGCUGUUGUUCAUUGUGUGACGUCAUAAUUACGAAAAUAAAUCCAAAUCUGGAAGCUUAAA